AUGGCAUUCAGGAGGCAAGUAAAAAACUUUGUGAAAAAUUACUCAGAUGCUGAAAUAAAAGUCAGGGAAGCAACUUCUAAUGACCCUUGGGGUCCCUCUAGUUCUCUGAUGCUAGUUAUCAGUGACUUGACUUUCAACACGGUAUCACUCUCAGAGAUUAUGAAUAUGCUAUGGCAGAGACUCAGUGACCAUGGGAAGAACUGGCGCCAUGUGUAUAAAUCCCUUACCCUAAUGGAUUAUCUCAUCAAGAAUGGAUCAAAGAAAGUUAUUCAGCAUUGCAGAGAGGGCUUCUGUAACCUUCAAAUGCUAAAAGAUUUUCAACAUAUAGAUGAAGCUGGAAAAGACCAAGGACACUAUAUCCGGGAGAAGUCUAAGCAAGUCAUAACAUUGCUGAUGGAUGAUCAGUUGCUGUAUAACGAGAGGGAAGUGGCAUGUUGGACUAGACGGCGUACCUCCUACUCCAUGACAUUUCCUAAAAGAUUACCUGGUAUAAGUAACUCACCAACAGCAUGUGCUUCUGUCCCCACACCAGAAAGUCCUGCUCCAGAGAAAAAGCAUGAAUUGCUUAAGACUGCAAGGCUACAUAAUAAAAAAAAUGCUUCCAAGAUGGGACUAAACCAAGAGCAGUGCCAAGACAUCCAGUCACCUGCUGGAACUGCCUUGUCCAAGGAGGCUCUGCCACUCAAGAUGAAGGCAUGGAAGUCAACAGAGGACCUGAUGCUAUUUUAUGAUGAGGAUCCAAAGCCACUUUUGCCAACAAUGCCUCCUUGUGUCAUCCCUUCCUCUACGUGGUUGUCAGAAGGGGAAGCAGAAGUUUGCAACCUCUGGGAUGCAGAUGUUGUGCCUACUCUCUCCGAAAAAAGCCCAUCUCUGCAGACAAAUGUGAGUUUAGACAAGAGAUCAGAUAAUACCAUUACAGAUACUGCAACAGGAAACCUCUUGCAAACACCUUGGGAAAAACAGGCAGCAGCAAAAAGUUUUGAAACAUUGACUACUUUACCAGCAUCUUGGUCAUCCAGUAAAGAAGAGAUUGUCAGUCCCAAUUUAAGACCAUCAAAGUCAGAAUCUACUUUCUAUAACCAGUCCUCUAUAGAGACACUUUAUGUCUCUCCCUCAUUCGAAACAUUUAGCCCAGUAAAGGAGAUCAAAACCAGUAAGGGCCUUCAAAAGCCAGAGCAAGCCAGCACCGCUCACAUGGAGGACGAAAACCUCAGGACCUUGACCACAUGUGUUUCAACUACCUCUGAGGGAACAUCUUCCUUUUCCACUUUAUCCAUAUCAUCUCCUGAUUCAGCCCUUCCAGAGAAGUCAGCUCAUUGCUUGCCCCCGAUUUUGGCUGGACCUUCCUUCUGGACUCUGUCCCACCAGAAGUCAGCUUCUGCCUCCUUUAAACAUAGAAAUAAAGCAGCCAGGGCUCACUACCCCUGCCCUACCAGGGGCCCCACAUCUUCUGAUGAGGAGGAAUAUGACAGCCUCAGUCUGAGGGAAAUUCUUCCAGAUAACUCCGACUCAACUGAAAAAAAGACAAGUCCUAUUCCCAGCAGGAAUUGGGUAGCAUUUUCCACCCACACUGUAGGUCACCUCCCCUCCGUGUCUUGUUCUAGUUUUCAAGCUACCCAGGGCUCACCCAGGGAGCCUGAGUCAAACAAUUCCAUCGGAGUUCUUCUAGGGGAGGUGAAAAGUGCAGUAGUCAGGCUUCACGAGGAUCUGAGCAUGGUGAUACAAGAGCUCGGUGUCAUCAGCAGCCGUCUGGUAAGAAUGGGGGGCAACAGUCCAAAAGCCAACAGAUACUUGCAGGACCCUCCGUCUUCUGAGGAGAGCUCAGAUCAUACCUAA